AUGAGGAACAUGUUCCUCGAAUACCUCACGAAUGAAAGACUGGACUUCAAGCACCACUUUCGCAUGAGCCGCGAAAGUUUCAGGAUGCUGCUGCAAGUGCUUUGGAAAGACCAACCAGAGAAGACCCAUGGAUGGUCACAGAAAAUUGAACUUCUGACUUUUCUCUUUUGGCUUGGGUGCGGAUCUGCCUUCAGAAUUGUCGCAUGUUGUUUCAACUUGCCACGGACAACAACAUUCAACAUAGUAAACCGUGUGCUGAAACUGAUAACAGCGAAAGUGCACUUGAUGAUUUACACACCACCAGCGGACAAGCGGCUCGAGAUGCAACAUGGAUUUGCCACGCUCUCUGGGAGCAGCAGAUUCAUGCGGUUUGUUGGUGCCAUCGAUGGAUGUCAUGUGAGAGUACUGGCACCCGAAGCACUCCACGAUGACUACAUCAACCGAAAACGAUUCUAUUCUGUGCAGUUACAGGCAGUCUGCGAUCACGAAGGGACAUUUCUAGACAUAUUUGCAGGCUACCCUGGAAGUGUUCAUGACUCCCGUGUGCUACGCAACAGCCCUCUGUAA